CAAAACGUUCCUGAAAGUUGUUCAGUGAUGUCUUUUUACACAGAAAUUCUCUGUAAAAUUAAAUAUGAUGUAAAAGGUGCAAAAUGACCUGGAUGCUUAAAUGAAAGCUGUUUUUUUAUGUAAAUCCUUCAUAUAGAAAUCAUAUUUUCUGAUAUUUAUGAGGAACAGCGUCGUGAACGUGCGCUGUGUUUUUGUUUCCCGUCGGACACCAUUUGCAGCUGCGCUAAAAUCCGGAACAGAAACCGUCCAUGAGUGGUACCAGUGUGUAAUUCUGCAUAAACUCAGCCGUGAGAAGAAACUGAAUAUGUUCUACUGGAUGGAGAGGAACAGGGGCGGCUCUGAGACCGUCGAAGGUCUCAAUGACAUGUCGAAAGCGGAGAUCCUGAGGGGAAUCGUCACCGAGAAACUGACAACAGCCGCGCAGGAGAUCUUGGCGGUGGUCGAGAGAACCGUGGCCGGAUACGAGGAGGAGGCGUCGGGCUUCAAACGGGAGAUCGACCGGCAGAGGAGGCAGCUGGAGCUUCUGCUGCAGCCUCGCGUCAAACUGGAGAGAAAAGCCCCGAUCUCAUAUCGAGGAGACCAGGAUGUGGUUGUUGUAAAUCAGGAGGAGGAGGAGGAGGAGGAGGAGGAGCAGCACGCGCAGCAGUCAGGUGUGCAGGACACCGGGAGUCUGGGCCUCCUGUGGUACGACGAUGAGGAGAGCGACGGCGCAGAUGAAGAGCAGCAGCUGUCAACGCAGCCAGCAAUGAGCUCCAAGCAAAGGCGAGAGGAUCUGAAGGACCCGGAUUACCAAAUCAAGUCAAGGUUAAUUUCCCCCAGGGUUCGGUCUGACAGGAAGAGGCCGGGCAGACCUCGCAUCAUUGACACUCAGGGGCAUCUAGAUCUCAGGAUCUGCAUCCUGGAUGACUCUCAGACUGAUGUGCUCUCAAAAAGUGUGUUCCAGAGAUGUCCGGUGCAGGAGGUGAAGUGUCCUCGAGGCCUACAGGAGUCGGAUUUCCUGCACCUGCUGAGCUCCACCUUUCCUCAGCUGGCUUCUCAGAAACCUUUUGACGUCUUCACGUCGGACAGAUCGAAGAGACUGCAGCCCCUGCGGGUAAAGACCCUGACGCCAGAGGAGAUCUACAGGAGCAUCAAGCUGACCGGAGCAGGAAACUCCGCCCUCUACAUCCGACUGAAGACCGGAGAGGAUCCUCAGAGUAGCAGUGAAGACCUUCAACCUCCACAGAGACCAGAUCCACCUCCAUCCAGCUCUGCCACGUCAGCUGACCAAACCCAAACGUGCACCAGGUUAUCUUCCAGAGAUCCGUCUGAAAGGAGGAGGCGUGGCAGGCCUCGCCUCGGCGAAGAGCCGACUCACCACGUCUUUAAAGUCUGCUUGUUGGAAGACUUCCAGUCAGACGUGCUCUCGAAAAAUGUGUUGAUGAAGUCAUCGGUAAAAGAGCUGCAGUGUCAUCGUGGCCUGCAGGAGGUGGACUUCGUGGAGCUGCUGAGGUCCACCUUCCCUCAGCUGGCGGGGGACAACAAUCGUUUCGAUCUCUUCAAGUCGGACAGGAGCAGGAGGCUCCAGCGGCUCAGAGUGAAGAUGCUGACCCCAGACGAGAUCUACAGGACGAUGAAGUGCACCGGGGUCGAAAAGACGCUCCUCUACAUCCGGCAGAAGCAGACAGAAGGGGAGGAGGAAGAGGAGCUUCACGACGGGGACCCCACCGAACCUCCGUCCACUGUGGGGAUGAAAAGUGAUGAAGCUGGACUCGGCUCAAGCAGCAACAAAGUGGACGUCCCGUCUGGCAGCUCAGCGUCUCAUCAACAGGAAGCAGAGGAACCCGACGACGAAGAUGCUGCCGAGAGUCGAGUGGCAUCCGGCGUCGGCAGAGAUGGAGACGACGACUGGAAACCACUUCCUGAGCUGCGGUGGUCGAAGACGAAGGCGAGAGGAGCCAAAGCGUCGAGAACUGAGAGCGGCAGAACGUCCUGCAAAGUCUGUGGAACCUUGUACAGGCUAGCAGGCGGUUUGAUCAAACACGCCUGGAGUCACGUGGAGGAACCGCAGAGUAUCUGUGGAGUGUGCGGAAAGCGUUUUGAAUCUGUGGAAGAGCUGAAGAGACAUCUCAAAAACUAUCAGAAAGUUCACGUUUGCUCGUAUUGCGGGAAGUCUUUCCUCAGCAUCACUGGCCUCAACUCCCACACCACUCUGCACACAGGACAGCGACCGUUCAAAUGCGACACCUGCAACAAGACCUUCACGUACAUGUCCGGCUUGAGCGUUCACCGCUGGACCCACGUGGCGGACAAACCGCACAAGUGUGACGUUUGCCCGAAGGCGUUUGGUCUGAAGGCACAGCUCGUAGCCCACAGGAAGGUGCACAUGGGCGGAGAUAAGUACCACUGCAACAUCUGCGGCAAAUCUCUGUACGACCUGCGAUCUUUAACGCGCCACAAGCUGACUCACUCGGGCGAGAGACGCUACGGCUGCGAGGUCUGCGGGAAGCGUUUCAAACUUUCCUGCACGUUGAAGUCGCACGAGAAGAUCCACAUGGUCAGAGACCGGCUGUUCCUCUGCCACAUCUGCUGCAAGACCUUCCUGUCAAACAGCGCUCUGACGGCUCACGUGAAAACGCACAGCAACGAGAGGCCGUUCGUCUGCAUCAUCUGCAGCAAAGGCUUCAUAUCCAACGGCGAGCUCAAGGCCCACAUGCGCGUGCAUACCGGCGAGGCGCCGUACGGCUGCUCGGAGUGCGGACGCUUUUUCAAACGCAAGACUCACCUGACUAAUCACGUGAGGAGCCACCUGGGCAUCAAACUGUUUGUGUGCGGGGUUUGUGGGAAGGCGUGUGCUCGCCAAGAGCACCUGACGGUCCACAUGAGGACCCACAACGGAGAGAGACCGUACCAGUGCACGGUCUGCGACAAAGCCUUCACUCAGAGCCACUGUCUGAAAACACACAUGAAGAGCCACCGGCGGCAAGAUGACGCGUUCCUGAACGCACCGGCGACCUGAGAGACGUGCCGUCAGCCUGGCGUGUCUGAAACGUCAUGACGGAGGUCGUGUCGCGUUACGGUGUUCAGUUCAAGGAUCGUUAACAAAUUUCACAAUUGAUCAUUGGUUGCAGUCGAGCACAAUCUCUGAUUCCAGCACAUGAAAUGAUGUUUAACAGCUCUGUGACAAUGGAAUUUAAGACUGUGAUGAAACAAGAAGACCAAAUGAGAGAGGACAAGUUUAAGCAGAUAAAUCACGCGUUUCAGCCCGAAAUGAACUUUAUUUCUACGGUGAUGCUAACUCGAGUGACGAGUUGAAGUGGUAGAAUCGUGUUGUACGUCAGGAUGUACCGACGGCGGGCAGCUCACGUAAAGGUCACUCUGGCAAACGUGAUUCUUAAACGUUGUUGUGUACAGUGAUAUUUCUUACAUGUUGAAUUCUUGCAGCAUUUAUUCUCAUUCCACUGUUGUUAUUAAAACCAGCUGUUUUUUUUAAUGCUGCAUUCAGGACAAGUGGGAAAUGGAAGGUUUCCUGAAACAAUGCCGUUUAAAUUGACGUAACCAGCCUUUAAACUUCAGACUCCGACAUGGAGGAAUUCUUAGUAUCUGUCAGCUCAGAUUUGUCUUAAGCAAAAUCUGACGCGUCUGAUUGACUGAUGCAAGUGGGCGUGGCCUAUCGCAAACUGCACAUGGAAUAUCAGAACACUUCCAAAUCUCGUGUGGUCCUGAAUGCAGCAUGUGGUGCCUUAAAGUGCAUGUUUUCCUCAACAGGUAGUAUUCACCUUUUAACACCAAAUACCUACAAUGAAGAGCCGACUGCUUCCAUGCUUUACUUCACUGUUUCAAAGAUUUGAGCCUGCUUGUUUGCGAUGCUACAUACGUUUACGUGACCAAAAUAAACUACAUUCUGUGAAAAAUC